AUGUCUCUCUCACUACUCAAAUCGUUAAAGUUACAAAAUAGCAGAGUUUGGGCCAUUGACUUUACUUCACGAGAGAAGAUAAUUGCUAUAGCAUCACAGGACCAUAAAAUUAAAUUAGUGAAAAUAAUCGACCCAGAUACAAAGCAAUUUAAACUAUUGAGCAUUUUAGAUGAAACAGUGCAUAAGAAAGCUGUCCGAUCUGUUGCAUGGAGACCACUAGCUACUCCACCUUGUCUAGCAGCUGGGUCAUUUGAUGCCACUGUGUCUAUUUGGAGCCACAUAUCGGAUGAAAAUGAAUUUACCAAUAAUGAACAGUUUGAUGAGACUCAAGAAAAUAUGGAAUUAUUGGCUAUUAUUGAAGGACAUGAGAAUGAAAUUAAAGGCGUGAGUUGGUCAUAUGACGGGAUGUUUCUUGCUACUUGUUCCAGAGACAAAUCGGUAUGGAUUUGGGAAACUGAUGAAGCUGGUGAAGAUUUCGAAUGUGUUUCUGUUUUACAAGAACAUUCACAGGACGUCAAGCAUGUCGUAUGGCAUCCACGCAAGUGUCUGUUGGCUUCCAGUUCCUACGAUGAUACUAUUAGAUUGUGGUCGGAAUUUGAUGAUGAUUGGGAAUGUGUGGCUAUAUUAAAUGGUCAUGAAGGUACCGUUUGGUCAUCUGAUUUUGAAAAAAGUGGUAAUGUUGAUACAAUUAGAUUAUGUAGUGGUAGCGAUGAUUCUACAGUACGUGUAUGGAAAUAUCAAGGCGAAGAUAUGGAUGGUCAACAGGAAUGGAUUUGCCAAAGCAUCUUACCUAAAAUACACGAAAGACAAAUAUAUAGUGUUUCUUGGAAUGAAAAUGGGUUGAUCGCCAGUACAGGUUCUGAUGGAACCCUUGCUGUAUAUAAAGAAAAUGGGUCAAAUGAAUGGGAAAUCAUUGCUAAAAAGGAGUUAUGCCAUCAUGUUAGUGAAGUGAAUCAAGUGAAAUGGGUCUCCAUUAAUGGAAAAGAUUAUUUAAUUACUUCUGGUGACGACGGCUGCGUGAAUAUUUGGUCAUUUGAUAAUAAUUAG